UGGACUAAUCAAGUAUAAAUAUUUGAAAUAUUUACCUCUACUUUAUUUUGUGAAUGAUUUAGGGCAAAAUGUCAGUUAAAUGGAGAUUUUAAUCAUAGCCUGCCCAAUAAGCACUAAGUAGGAUUGAAAAUAGAACAUGGGGAAUUUAGCUUAAGGUUAUAUGCCUUCAGAACACAGUGACUUUCUAAACUGAUUUUAUAAUUAGAAGGGUAUUUUUAGCUUAUUUUUCAAUUGGAAGGUUUUAUUAUACUCAUCUUAAUACAUGUAAUUCACUUGAAUAUUUUCUGAUUUUUAAAAAAAAAUGAGUCUUUUCUCCUCAGUGCAACCAAGUGUGAAAGUGACAGCUUCCACUUGGUGUUACGUCGAAUUUCAAGGGCGGUGAAACCAUGCAGAGCAGCAGGUCCUAGUGACUGCCCAGCCAGUGCACCUCCUUGGACCGCGAUGAAAGAUGAGUGGGACACCAGGGUGCCCACCCUAGAGGAGCCCAUGUCUUAGUGUAAGGAUGGCCCUCUUCAAAGGGAAUUACAGUGCCAGGCAAUGCCACUGGUUAUACAGGGUUAAGGGUCUGGUGGGGAUGCUCCAGGGAGCCUCAACCAGUAACGGUGAGGAUUUGGGGGGUAAGGUGGGCAGUUCUAGCCAAGGAAGAUGGCAAGGAGUGGGACACCUGGUAAAGAGCCCAUUACAGAGGCAGAAGGUGGCCUUCGCCCACAGGGGAUGGGACUCCAACAGAGGUUUUUAAGCAGGGGAGGGACAAAAGCCGACUCAUAGGUUAAAAAGGAGACAGAGAGAAGGGUGGACAGAGAAAAGGAUGGACAGAGGGAAGGAGAGGUCUAAAUACCAAGGAGGGGACAGCUUUGAAAGCUUUUGGGGAUCCAGGGGGCUCAGUGAGGCAUUGACAUGUGGGGUGACAGGAGGUACAGGAGCAGUUGAGGCUGUCCCUCACGUUCUGCCUGGCCUCCUGGUUGGCUGCUGGUGGUGGUGGGGAUGUGAGUGUUUAGCAGACAUCCAGGUGAAGACUGCCAGUGAACAGAUGAAAAUGUAGAGCUCAAGAGAGGGCUGUCCGGAGAUACGCAGAAUGAGUCAAGAAAGGAGUGGCUUGGGUUGGAAAGACAGAAGACCUGACGGUUGUCACGCAAAUAUUAUGAGGCCUUAAGGGCAAGAGGAGAUCAGACCUGUCCGUUCUGGCCCCUCGAGGGGAACGAGGGCUAAGAGGCAGCUUUAGGAACUGGUUUGCGUCAACCUGAGCACCGAUGGAAUGCGUAGGACGGCCGGCGUUGCCAGCUGAAGUCUGGGAAAGGGAGUUCCCCUCUUGGCAAAAAGGCCCCUUUCUAAGCUGCUUUCUCUCCUUUUCCACUCCAACACUCCCUUUACAAUUGCCGCGCUCUAGACGGCUGGCUAAGGAAUGCAUUAAAGCCAACCUACUAACUAGUAAGUGAACCCCUCGCAGCAGGAGUAUUUGCAUCGAAAAACGAGGAAUUUGUUAAUUUAAACAAAUGCCCCGUGGGUAGACUGUGCAGGGAAAGGUGCCGAGAAGAUUUUCCACUUUGGUCUGCACAACCCACCCCCCCAGGUACCCUCCGAAGAGCGGGAACUGGCUCUGGCCCGCAGAGGCAGGCCGCCGUCCCGGCACCCGGCACCCGGCACCGCCCAGGGGAGCGGGGAGCGGAGGGGCUGCCCUCAGAGAAGGCCACCGGGGAGGGCUCCAGUUCUCUUACUGGACUUGGAGUCGGAUUUUGGAGUUGUCCCUCUAGAUUUCCAAGUCACACGGGACCACUCACACUCCCCUCGACUCCAGUUUCCCAUUUUUGCUUGCUCUCUGUAUCCGGAAGCGAGUUGAACUAGCCAACACAAAGGUGCAGAUUCCGAAAGUCAUUGUGACCGGGCAGGGAAACCGGGUGGAGGCUUGGGGGCACUUUGUUUCUCCUCCACUCCCUCCCCUAUACCCACCCCGUGCUGCUAGGACCUCGGGGUAGCCGGGGUCAGCCAGACUCGUCCGGGAGAGGCUUCCGCGCUGGCCCCCUCUCCAUAGUCAGGUCAGGAGCGCAUAUCCUCGAGGGUCCCUCGAGGCUGGGCCCGGAGCGACAGAGGCGGGGGUCUCCGGGCGGGUCCCUGUGAAGGACCUCAUAGGAUGCGCGGGGUGGGCAAGGCGGAAGUUCGAGGGCGCGCCGGGCAGAGGGUCACCUCGCCCCUACCUUCCAAGCUCGCCCCGCGAGCUGGCGGGAUGUGGCCAGACGGCGAGGAGGGGGCGGGAAGACGAAGGCGCAGCUCGCCGGCCCCCACCCAUCCUGCCCUCCUCGUCUCCCCUGCCGGGGCAGAGCCGCGGCAGAGGAGGGAGGCGCGGACCUGGCCGGCGGUCCCGGGCAGCAGUCGGCGCCCGCGGGCCCUGGGUCGCACCCAAGGCCAGGCUCCCCCGCCCGGCUGCCGCCGGGCCUCGCCCCCGCCGCGCGCGCGCCCCACCCGCCUCCCCCGUUGCUGUGGCAACGCCGGGAGCCUCCAGGCGCGCGCCGGGACGCCUGCUGGAGCUCUUGGCAGCGGCGGCGGCAGCGGCAGCUCCGGCUCCAGCUAAGCGCGCUGCGACCCUGCUCCGAAGACCGCUCGUCGCCCCCCGCCCGGCUCCGGGUCCCCAGCGCGGUCCCCGACCCGGCCCCAGAGCCUGGCUGGCUGCCGGCCCCCAUGGAGCUGCUGGCCGCAGCCUUCAGCGCCGCCUGCGCCGUGGACCACGACAGCUCCACCUCGGAGAGCGACGCGCGCGACUCAGCGGCGGGACACCUCCCUGGCAGCGAGUCGUCCUCCACCCUGGGAAACGAGGCCACACCCGAGGAGUGCCCGGCCCUCCCCGACAGCCCCACCACGCUCACCGAGGCCCUGCAGAUGAUCCACCCCAUUCCCUCCGACUCCUGGAGGAACCUCAUCGAACAAAUAGGGCUCCUGUAUCAGGAAUACCGAGAUAAAGCAACUCUCCAGGAAAUUGAAACCAGGAGGCAACAGGACGCAGAAAUCCAAGACAAUGCUGAUGGGUCCCCGGCCAGUGCGGAGACCCCGGAGGAGGAUGAAGGGGAAGAGGAGGAGCCUGCAAGCCCACCGGAGAGGAAGGCUGUGCCCCAGAUAUGCCUGCUCAGUAACCCGCACUCGAGAUUCAACCUCUGGCAGGAUCUCCCGGAGAUUCGGAGCAGCGGGGUGCUGGACAUCCUCCAGCCGGAGGAGAUCAGGCUGCAGGAGGCCAUGUUCGAGCUGGUGACUUCCGAGGCCUCCUACUACAAAAGUCUGAACCUGCUGGUGUCCCACUUCAUGGAGAACGAGCGCCUGAAGAAGAUCCUGCACCCGUCCGAGGCACACAUCCUCUUCUCCAACGUGCUGGACGUCAUGGCCGUCAGUGAGCGGUUUCUCUUGGAGCUGGAGCGCAGGAUGGAGGAGAACAUCGUCAUCUCAGACGUGUGCGACAUCGUGUACCUCUACGCCGCCGACCACUUCUCCGUCUACAUCACCUACGUCAGCAACCAGACCUACCAGGAGAGGGCCUACAAACAGCUGCUCCAGGAGAAGGCAGCCUUUCGGGAGCUGAUCACGCAGCUGGAGCUGGACCCCAAGUGCAGGGGGCUGCCCCUCUCCUCCUUCCUCAUCCUGCCUUUCCAGAGGAUCACGCGCCUCAAGCUUUUGGUCCAGAACAUCCUGAAGAGGGUGGAAGAGAGGUCUGAGCGGGAAGGCACUGCCUUGGGUGCGCACAAGGAACUGGAGCUGGUGGUAAAAGCAUGCAACGAGGGCGUCAGGAAAAUGAGCCGCACGGAGCAAAUGAUCAGCAUUCAGAAGAAGAUGGAGUUUAAGAUCAAGUCGGUGCCCAUCAUCUCCCACUCCCGCUGGCUGCUGAAGCAGGGCGAGCUGCAGCAGAUGUCAGGCCCCAAGACAUCCCGGACCCUGCGGACCAAGAAGCUCUUCCGGGAAAUUUACCUCUUCCUCUUCAACGAUCUGCUGGUGAUCUGCCGGCAGAUUCCGGGAGACAAGUACCAGGUUUUUGACUCCGCCCCGCGGGGCCUGCUGCGAGUGGAGGAGCUGGAGGACCAGGGCCAGACGCUGGCCAACGUCUUCAUCCUGCGGCUGCUCGAGAAUGCGGAUGACCGGGAGGCCACCUACAUGCUGAAGGCGUCCUCUCAGAGCGAGAUGAAGCGUUGGAUGACCUCGCUGGCCCCCAAUCGAAGAACCAAGUUUGUUUCCUUCACGUCCCGGCUGCUGGACUGCCCCCAGGUCCAGUGUGUGCACCCGUACAUGGCCCAGCAGCCGGACGAGCUGACGCUGGAUCUGGCCGACAUCCUGAACAUCCUGGACAAGACAGAGGAUGGGUGGAUCUUUGGCGAGCGUCUGCAUGACCAGGAGAGAGGCUGGUUCCCCAGCAGCAUGACUGAGGAGAUCUUGAAUCCGAAGAUUCGGUCCCAGAACCUCAAGGAGUGUUUCCGUGUCCACAAGAUGGAUGACCCUCAGCGCAGCCAGAAUAAGGACCGCAGGAAGCUGGGCAGCCGAAAUCGGCAGUGACCCCUGGCCCCCCGCCUGGCCGAGGGAUGUGGGUGGGCGGGAGCAGGUCGUGGCGGGCAGCCCCCAGCGGACAGCGGAGGGGCUCAGUGGGAAGGCCGGACGCCGCCGCAGUCAGCAGGGUGUGACCUGGGGUGCCUCGGCAGGAGUCGCCCCCCCCACCCCUGCUACGUGGUUAGUGCUCAUGUGUCUUGGCCCCUUGCUCACGAACUGCAGAAAAGGGGCCCACGUCUCUCCUCUGCUGCAUCUGUAAACGAAAAAGUGUAUUUUAAACAGUGUUACACCACCUCUUCUUCUUGUCUCUUGGGAGGGGCAGACAGAGGACGGGCAUGCUCCAGGGCCCUUCCCAGGCACUGAGAGGCCCCAGACCCACGGUGUCCCUGGCCAAGGGCAGGUGCAAAGGUGACGAUGUUAUGACCCCUGCACGUGUCCUCUCCCCUGGAAGCUGUUAGAAUCGGCCAGGUGCACAGAUGGACCACCCUUGCCUGAUGAGCUUGACAAGUGUCCUUUGGUCUCCGACUCAAAGGACUGAGAGCCCAACCGCCUCUGUCCACCUCCGCCCCAAGCCUCCGCCAGUCUCUGGCUGCACGGCCAGGCCUGCCUCACGGCCACCAGAGCUUGGCUGAGGGCCCACGCUGCCUUUGGCUCCCUGAUGGGCUGGAUGUAACUCGCAUCUUCUGGCCCCUUGCGGAGCCCAGGUGUUAUAAAGAAAUGGUCACUGCAUCCUGUAUGGGUUAUGGUUCCGAGAAAAGCAAAUGGCAUUUCUGGCUGCAUUAAAAGAAGCAUCAUGUAUAAAAUAAAAGAGAGGAAGGUCUACUUUUUAUUAC